CAAAGACCACACAGAGGACGACAAGCUCCAUCCAGCUGAUACUCCAAUGCCAUCACUAGCAUCCAUCCAAAGUGACAAGGCUGUGGUCAUCAAGAAGAGCACCAUUAAGAAGGGAGAUAAUCCCCCAUCUGUAUUUCCUGUGAUGAUGUCAUCAACUGUUAACCAAUCACUAAAGAAGAAAGACAUAUCUAUGGCUAUGAGGCCUGAGCUGUCACCAGAUCAAGAGUCCUUGGAGUCUGAGGUGGACCAAGUCGACAGCGAGGUUCAGUCUCACACUCAGACAGCGAUUGUGCAGGAUCUUUCUUCCCUUGUUGAUCACAAUGAUGUUUAUCCUGCCCUGAGAAACAACACAGCGAUGGAAGGAGAAAAACCCAAGAGUAACACAACCAAAGUAAUGGCAGCAUGUGAAUGCAGUGCCGAUGACAACCAGCUGUCCAAUGCAGACUGGUACUGGGGCAGCAUCUCAAGAGAGGAAGUAAAUGAGAUAAUGAGAAACACUCCUGACGGCACAUUCCUGGUCCGCGAUGCUUCCAGUCGGGUUAAAGGGGAAUAUACUCUUACACUAAGAAAAGACGGUACAAACAAGAUGAUAAAGAUAUGCCAUCAUGGGGGGGACUAUGGCUUCUCUGAGCCACUGCUCUUCCCCUCAGUGGUGCACCUGAUCCAGUAUUACCAGAACAAAUCACUAGCCCAGUACAACACCAAGCUGGACACACGACUACUCUACCCCAUGUGCAGAUACCAACAGCAGCAGGUUGGAAUGGAAGUUAACAUUGAAGCAGUUGGAGAACAGCUGAGGAUAUUUCAGAAUCGAUUCAAAGAGAAAAGCAAAGAGUACGACCGUUUGUUUGAGGAGUUUAACCAAGCAUCCCAGGACCUGCAGAGCAAACGCACAGCCAUUGAGGCUUUCAGUGAAAUCAUUCGGAUCUUUGAGGAGGAGUGCGAACCUCAAGAACGCUACAGCAAGGAAUAUAUCAACAUGUUUCUAACGUUACACAGCAGUAGAGAAACUGACAAGAUACAAAGCAAUUCCGGUGAACUGCAGUUGAAAGUGGAGGAAAUCCACAACAGCAAGAAGAAGCUGGAGGACGAGCUGAGAAAGAAGUCGCUGGCUCACAUGGAGGUUGACAGAAAAAUUAACAGUCUGAAGCCCGACCUGAUAGAGCUUCGAAAGAUCAGAGAUCAAUACCUGCUCUGGCUCACCCAACAUGGCACGAGGCAGAGUCAGAUUAAUGACUGGUUGGGGGUCAGGAAUGAAGACGAAGACCUGUACACGCUGGCAGAUGAUACACAUGAGGGGGAAGGGACCUGGUAUGCUGGUGGUAUGAGACGAAAGGAGGCAGAGGAGCUGCUGAAGGGCAGAAGGGAUGGGACUUUCCUUAUCAGAGACAGCCAAUCUCAGAGAGGCUCUUUUGCCUGCUCUGUUGUAGUGGACGGGGAUGUGAAGCACUGUGUGAUCCACAGGACGUCCACAGGGUAUGGCUUCGCUGAGCCCUACAACUCCUACUCAUCACUGACAGAGCUGGUUCUCCACUACCGACACACAUCCCUGGUCCAACACAACCAGCAGCUGAAUGUAACCUUGGCCUGGCCUGCUCUCAGCCAGCAGUCCAGCUGAGAAACACCAGCAU